AUGUGGCAUGUGGUGUUCAACAAUGCGCAUAUAUACACGAGGCAAACAAAGAGGCCUAUUUCGCAACUUGACAAAGCAAAACUUAAGCAAUCACAUUUUGAAAAAUACACUACCAUUGUUAUUCUUUCCCAAGGAGGGGGAUUAGACCUGGCCACGUGCUGCCCAAACCCAGACCCAGAAUCGGAUCAUGUCCUCCUCUGUCGCUCUCUUAGACGCCGAGCUAAGCGUGCUAAAGAACUGGUUUUGCUCAUUAACUUUAAAUUGAGGUCUUCUGGGGCAAAGAAAUCAUUGAAGGAGGAGGCAUUAGAUAACUUGAAAGUAUUGGGAUCAGCUUCAGUUGAAGCUAAGUCCCCACCUUCACCUGCCCAGGCAUUGUUGGGUGGAUUAACAGCUGGUGUUAUUUCCCUCAUUCUUUAUGAGUACACCACAAUUAUUGAGGCAGCUCUCAAUCACCAGACAAUUUCAGAUAAUAUCUCGGUGUGGCAGAUAACAAUAACCAUAAGCAUCAACUCUAUUGGUGUACUCCUUUGUAGCCUCCAGCUUACCAUUAAUUCCUUCACAGAAGAUUCUGGUGGCAAAGAUACUGAGAAUAAAGGUGAACAUAUAUCAGGCUCUCUGAAUUCGACAGCUGAGAGUCCCACAGAAUUAAAUAGCAGCAAGGAGAAUCAAAGUUCAGGACCAGGGAAUUUGCAGAGAAUCUGAGCAGAAAACUGGUGAUUAUUAUUGCUGAUCAUAUCCGGAGUGUUGCUUCCAUUACCUGGCACCAUCUCAUGGAGUUCAAGAACCCUUGCAACUGUAGUAACUUCCUCACCAAUCCUCUUGAAUGGGUUAGGAUUCUUGGCAGGUUCAAACGGGUGCAAUGGAUUAGAAUUUGAGUCAAGAAUGUGCAGAACAAUCACCAUAAUUACAGAAGCUGCCAACAUUGGUAUUGGACCAAAAAUCCACAUUAGCGAAGUAGUGGCAAAGUAGAUUGCUCGCAAUCCAAUUGACCAGAAAAUGCUUCCUCUUAUCACUGCCUUCUGUGCAUACGUCACAGGAAUAUCUGUGUUUGGCAUGCUGAUAAGGAAAUUUGCAUGGACAAAGCAUCUUACACAUUGAAGAAAACAAACGAAAGCCAACAAGAAGCAAAUAUUAAGGCUGAUAUAUUUGAUAGUAACAAUGGAUGAGCUUGUGUCGCCAUAGAUAAGAAUAUUUGUGAAGAUGUUAUUUGAAGAGCUGCCGUUCCAUGCUCCAAUCAGAGAGCUCAGAGCGAGAGAUGUCGAGGCCAGGAAAGUUGAUGCUGAAAUUGUACCAUUGAUGACUCCUAGUGCAAAACCUCUAUCCGUAGCCUCAAUCUGCGAAAAACAGAUUUGAUUGUAUAGAAUGGUUAAGCCAAAUUUUAUAUGAUUUUAGUAAAGUUAUAUGAAAAGGGGGAAUAUCUACCUGUACCAUUUUUUCAA